AAUACGUCAUCGAUUUCUGCACGUGAACAAGAAGCGUCACAAGCAAACAUUUCCUUCAAUGCUAAAUAAUGGCGAAAACAACGGCAUCGAAAAAGUGUAUGGCUUAAAACUGACUAGAUCUAAAUCUAGCGGCCACGUAAGAUGGACACUAACAAGCUUGACACGGAGGCUGAUGACCACAACACCAACCAGAAUGAAAUGACCAGUCGGGCAAAUCUUUUAGCCGAGCGAUGUCAAGAUCCAACAUUUUUAGCGCCAGUUGAUUCCUCAAGUCCAAACCUAGAGGUAAACUUAGACUUAAAUCUAAAAAUAGAAGCCAGUUACAAUGCUUCAGUACCAUUGAUUACGAUAACUCCUCCAUCGCCUGACAUAUCAAAUCUAUCAGACGAUAGAGACAAUUACGUUUACUAUGAGCAAAUGAGCGCAGAAAGUCAUUCCAGAAAUAUUGAACUAGAUCUUCUGUGCACGCCAGCCCAAGAUUCCACGUUAAAUAUCUCAAGGCCUCAGGCUGGCUGUGAUGUUAGCUGUGGCCUUGACACAAAUAACGAUGAAGAUGUUGAGGUUAUAUGUCGCUACUCGUCCACACCAGUUAUGUCCUCCCGGGACGGCUACAGUUUCGACGACUCUGGAUGCAGCUUGCUGUCGCUAAACAAUGCCAGCCCUAUCGCUUCGGCAGACACGCCUAUGGUAAGCGCCAAUCAGUCGAUGCAACAAGACGUCGCGGAGGACGAGGAAGGGAAGCUUCACCCCAACUGUGAGCACCAGGUCGCCAUGCUAGUUCAUCCACAAUAUCUGUGCCAGCACCCCGGGCAGACGAUUUUGAGACCUGAUUGUCUCCCCUCACCAAACGUCCCUGUGUAUGAUACGGAAAGAAACGUUAAUCAGUGUUCACUUCCGGCUACUCUAAUUCUAACAAGUGGCUGCGCAAACAACACAGGUGUCUAUACAACCUACAUGCCUGGACCUAGCUGUUACAACGAUUACUUUCCCACCCGAGACAGCUCUUGGACGGACUUGAGCUACAGGUCAGACAUUUCCCCCGUGCCGCCACACAUGUCCGUGAGCCAAGCUGACCCUUGCUGCUACCCGAUGAUGGCCGGUGUUGCCGCUGAGACUGAGUACUUUGUGUAUCCGUCCAUCUACGUGUCCAGCGCGGGCCUGAUCUCUGUCCUACUUAGAAAUGACAUGUCAGUGGAGAUGACCGUGGACAGGACCAUCCGUGUGGUCUCCCACAACCACAUGAUGGCCGUAGCCACAGACAGUCGAGGAACGGCGGCAUGCCUCUACCACCCUGCGGUCAAGGUCUUUCAAAUGGGGACCACUACGGACAUCGCAACGCAGAACUUCCGGGCUCGCAUGGGCGGCGGUGAAGCUAUCGUGUUUUCGAACGGGAUCAACUUUUUCAAACUGGAAGACGCGGAGCUCCAGCCCAGCUCCCCGAUCAAGUUUACAGACAUACUUCGAGAUCAGUCCGUCAAUUUGCUCUUUUCCUCGGAGGGCUACGGCGAAUCUCUGGUUGCUAGCUGCAUGCAGGUCGCUGCCCAGGCAGAGUACGCUAACUUACCCAAAGGCGGCGUCAUUGUCCGGAUCAACGGCGUCAAAGUAACGCAGACAGGGGGAGGUGAUGUCACGGUGGUCACUGGGGCCAAGUUUAUCCGCUUGUCCCCACAUUUCGGCACCACUCGGCUCGGAAACCGCUUCGUGGACAUUGAAGUUGAGAAAGACUGGACGGUGAAACUGACCAGAGGCUCUCAUAGUUUUGUUUACUGCAAGAAAAGAGCCAUGGUGUGUAACGGGAAAAUGGAGGCUGGCUUUGACGAAAACAACGGGUUAAAGGUCACCAACCUGCAGCCACGCCACCCUUUACUGGCCGAGCCCGCUGUGGUCAGACGCCCCAUCAGAAAGCCUGCUAGAGUGUCAUCCACUUCAGCGCCCUCUAAGAGGAGACCAGGGCCACAAGGACGCAACCCUAAUAUGAUGUAAUAUCAAGUAUUUGGUAGCUAUUUAUUCACACAUUUUUUGCCUUGUUAGUCAUCUUUUUAUUUCCACGUUAUAAAUAUGUUUGCUAUAGAGAUAUCAAAGAAACGAAGAGUCAUUUUUAAAGAACUUAGUUUAAUCAUCACGAUGAACUAGGGAAAGAGACGUUCAUGAAUGCACAUGACUCAGACUGCUACUGGAUCUACUAUAAAUACUUACAUAGUGUCUUGAUUGCAGAUAAUCCCCCCCCCCUCGCUCUCUCUCUCACGUUUUUCCCCCUAUUCGUAAAUAGAUUUGUUUUAAUUUAUCAAACAGGUAUAUUCUGACUUAAAACAUACUAUUGACAUAGCAAUAAUUUGAUAGAUACGUUGGACCAGACUUGUAGUAACGACUAUUGUAUACAGGAAUAAACUUUACUUCAAUGAUGUACAUAUUAUAUACAACAAACUAAUGACUGCAUUUAUUCAACAAUCAACAGUGACGUCUCAUCACGUGUGCAGACUAUGUAAUUGUCAAUUAGUCCUGAUUAUUAAAAGAUUUAUUAUUAAAUAAAAGUGUUUGAUAAAAGUCUUUAGAAAAAUGA